AUGGUGGAUAUUUUGUCUCGUCAAGAGGAAGCAGAUUUCUUCACUGUCAGUAUGCUGGCAGCGGGACAAGACCCACAAGAAUUGGUGAAGGAAGAGCGCAAGGAACAAGAACUCCGCAAAGUAAUCGAGACAAUCUCACAAGGCAAGCAAUACCGAAACAUUCAACAUAGUACACACAUGNGCCGCUGGUAUCUUAAUAAAACUACAACCAAGAAGAAGGUGCCCUGUGGUCGUCAUUCCUAA